AUGACGACCCAGUCUUCAGCUAUGACACCAAGCCAGUGCCAGAAUGGGACCAUCUGGAAUGGAAAGGAGUGUGUCUGUGCCCAAGGCUUCUUUGGUUACCAGUGCAAGUCACUUGUGGACUCCUUCCUCUUAGAAAUCCCAGAAAAAAUCAAUGCCACUUUAGGUGUGACAGUGAAAGUGACUAACUGGAAUUUCACAAAAGAUCUGAAUAACAUAUCUUCCCCAGAAUACUGGAAUUUCACUCAACUCUUCAAGAGUCAGAUGGAUAAAGUUUACAUGGGCAAAGACUUUCCCCAGUACAGAGGCGUGAUCAUUAGGAGACUGUUAAAUGGCAGUGUCGUGGUGGAACAUGACGUCACUAUGGAGGCAAACUACACUUCUGAGUUUGACAAACUGUUUGCAAACCUCUCUAAAAUCAUAAAGAUCAAGAUUGUGAAUGAGACCAAAAGGCUAUCUGGUGACUCUGAAGAGUGCAGAGCAUCCUCACAACUGUGCUUCAAUGGGGAAGCCACCAUCGUGAGUGAGAAAGUGACGUUGGGCUUUGACCUGAAGGAACAAUGCACUCAGAAGGCUGCGAAGGACUAUGUUCAGUUCUACUUCGUGGAUGAGCUGGAUGGAAAGCUGGCCUGUGUGACCAAAUGCACCUCGGGGACGAAGUUGCAACUGAACUGUAAUAAGGGCCAAUGCCAGCUGCAGCAAAGUGGUCCCCGCUGCCUAUGCCCAACCUCGGACACGCACUGGUACUGGGGAGAGACCUGUGCUUUGAGCACAAGCAAGAGCCUGGUGUACGGGAGUGUGGGGGCCUUAGCAGCACUGCUGGUGGUCGUGGUGGUGGUCCUGACCGUCUUCCUUGGCCGAUCCCAGAGAAAACUGCACAGGCAAGAAUACAAUUUGUCUCGAGAGUGGCAAGGAGAAGAUCUUCCUGGCAGUUUUCAGAACACAGGCAUCUGGGAAGAUGAGAAUCUGAAGGAGGACAGAUUUGCCCUUGAAAACCUCUACAGCCACUUCCAGCCCUCCCUGGAGAACGUUGACCCUACUGCAGAGCUCCAAAUCCAGAGGCCAAAGGUCGUGACAACUACUCAGUGAGAGAGACAAAAGCUCCCACC